AUGGCUGCUCCAGCGAAUAUCGAAACGCGUCUGUUCAUCAAUGGAGAGUUCUGCGAAUCCUCCAAUGGCAAAACCUUCGACAUCACGAACCCUUCUACUCUGAAGCUCGUCGCCAAAGUACAUGAGGCGUCAGAACAAGAUACGGACAGAGCUGUUGCGGCCGCGAAGGCUGCCUUCCCAUCCUGGUCAGCCCUGUCGCCAGACCAGCGCGCGCCCUAUUUCAAGAAACUCGCCAGCCUGAUCCGCGAGAGCAAUGACGAGCUCGCGGCGUUGGAGGCAGCCUCCAUGGGCAAGCCGCUGGGUGCCUUCUUUGAUGCCUAUGCGUGCGCCUCCAAAUGGGAUCACUACGCUGAGGUCGGCUACAAUGUGCAAGGCACAACUAGUGUCCAAACUCCUGGCUACAUCAACAUGACUCUACGUCAACCGUACGGUGUCGUGGCGGCUAUCAUACCGUGGAACGUGCCCCUUCUUUUCCUCGCAAACAAGCUGGCUCCUGCCCUCAUUGUGGGAAACACUGUUGUCCUAAAGAGCAGCGAGAAAGCCCCUCUUACUUCCGCAAAAAUAGCCACCUUGGCGCAGAAAGCUGGCUUCCCGCCUGGCGUCAUCAACAUCAUCACCGGCUUCGGAAACGUCUCCGGUAGCAUUCUUAGCCAUCACAUGGACGUACGUGCCCUGUCCUUUACCGGCUCCGGGCGGACUGGACGACUCAUCCAGGCGGCCGCCGCAAAAUCCAAUCUCAAGCAAGUCUACCUCGAGCUUGGAGGCAAAUCGCCUGCAGUCAUUUUCGAGGAUGCAGAGCUGGAGAAGGCUGUCAACGAGACGGCCUACAGCAUCCAGUGGAAUAGCGGCCAGGUCUGCAUGGCGAACUCCAGAGUCUACGUCCAAGACACCAUCGCGGAAAAGUACAUUCAGCUGUUCAAAGACCACUUCACGAACCAAGUUGCGAUGGGAGAUCCUCUGCACAAGGACACCAAUCACGGACCGCAAGCGGAUGAGGCCCAGCACAAGACGGUGCUGCGGUACCUAGAGAUGGGCAAGCAGUCCGGAGACCUCAUUAUCGGCGGCGCGGCGCCGUCUGAUCGUGAAGGAUACUACAUUCAGCCCACUAUCUUCACAAAUACCCCGGAGGAUGCGACUAUCAUGAAGGAAGAGGUGUUUGGACCCGUGGUCAACAUCAACGUCUUCAAGACCGAGGAGGAGGUGCUCGCCAAGGCGAACAACACCGAGUACGGGCUUUACGCUGCUGUCUACACCAAGAACAUUGACCGCGCUUUGCGGUUCGCGAAAGGGCUCGAAGCCGGCACUGUUGCAGUUAAUUGCACCAGCCCGGCACUUGGGAAGGACAUGCCGUUCGGUGGCUACAAGUCGUCCGGAAGCGGUCGCGAGGGCGAGCCGUACUACUCGCUGAACAACUUCCUUGAGACAAAGAGCUACCUGGCCCGUGCCGGUACUGCGCCCGCACUGGAGCCACAUGCCAGAUCGCCACACCGAGACGGAAACGGCCCUAUUACCAUGUCACCGAGGAGGAAUGUUGUCGAUGGAAAAGUCGAGAGUCCAACUUUCCAACAGAAUCGAGCUCCUUCAGCCAGCGAUGACGCGAUCCCAGACGAAGCUGCUACUCCUCCCGACGCCGAGCCCGUUGUCGAAUCCGUGAAUGAUCUUCACGAGCCGCUAGGUUGCAUGAUGAAAGACUCUCGGGGAAGGUUUCGGUACGUCGGCGCUCAUUCAGAGAUACCGUUCAAUGCCGCAGUGUGCUCCAUGGGCAAUGCUCCGCGAAAGAAUCCGAACAUCAUCUCGCCACCCAAAGUCGGCUCAUACCCACCAGCGCUUCCUACGCCCUCGCCGUCCGUGGAUUCGGACGCCCAUGAUCGCUUCUAUCUACCCUCCCGAGAACUAGGUGACUUCUACAUCUCGAGGUUUCUAGAAGAUGUGCACUGCACUCACUGGUUCUACUCGAUCGAGACAUUCCUCUACCGAGUGGAUAAUACCUACUCCGGAAAGGGAUCUUCCCCUUCUAGUUCAUGGAUGUGUUCGCUCUACUCCAUCUUCGCAAUCGGUGCGGCGAAUUAUGACGAGCCAAACGGACAGUCGCCAUUGCCUGCUGGCUCGCCAGCUGCAUCCGAUGAAAGAACAUCUGCCGAUUACAUUGCUCUUGCUAAACAGCUAGUCCCCACUGUUUACGAUGAAGCAGACAUCGACAGUAUCCGAGCUCUAGCAAUUCUUAGCAUUGCGCUAGAGAACAUCUGCUCAAGAGUGAGCUCCUAUUUGUACAUGGGCGCCAGCAUACAGAUGGCCUAUUCGCUUGGCCUGCAUCGAGACCAGAUACCGGAGUCAGGGGCUUCCAUGGAGCGAGAGCAGAACCGCCGAAUCUGGUGGACGCUUUUCACACUCGAUCAGGAGACCGCUUCAAGAGGUGGGAGUCCGACACUCAUCGAUGAGCGAUAUUUGAGGAUCUCGACCCCGCUGCCCUCUGAACAAAUAUUAUAUCCUGGAAUGCACACACCAUUAUCAUGGCUUUCAACUUCGGUAUCGCUAUGCCGCUUGAAAAGGGAAAUCAUUCAGGCUGUCUACACAGAGCGAUCAACAGCCUCGCGCACCAUCUCGUUCACGACGAUCUCGAACCUGCUCCUCUCCCUUCAAAAGUGGCUCCAGUUAAUCUCACCUCAUCUCAAACACGACGUGCCCGCCCCGCCAACGCACAAACGUUCAGUCGCCGUCCUCCACCUCCACUACUGGGGCUCGACAAUCCUCUUAACACGACCCUUCCUCCUCUACCUCGUUCUCAAGCACAGCACCCUUGCUUCGAGUAAGAAAAUCUGGUUCGAAAGAAUGGGUAAAACCUGCAUCGACGCUGCGCAGAAAAGCAUCGCCAUCUUGCAGCAAAUGGCUGUCGACAACACGCUCUCCAGCCUUACCGCUUUCGACAGCACAUGCCUUCUCCGGCUCGUCAUGAUCUUCAUCCUUGCUUACGCGCACACGAAAAUGCCGCAUUACCGCUCCCAUAUAGAGACCUGCAUUUCGACGCUAAGGGGUAUGGAGCAGGUUGGGUUUUGUAAGAUGUGCACGGAGGAGACGCCGAUUCGGUUAGCGGAUCUAGGAAUUGGGGAGGACAGUAAGGUUUCGAAUGCUGGCGUGUUGUUGGAUGAUGAUUUGAUUGCUCAACUUUGGGGAAAUUUUGAUCCCAAUUUCAUGACGCCGUUACAGACACAACAGAGUCUUGAUCUGGCUUUCGACGACUCGGCCUCUUUCGACCUCAACUCAGAGAUCCUGCAGUUCACCAACCUUGAUGAUUCGAUUGUUAUCGAUCCUUCUCAGGUCUACUCAAGCUUCGACUUCCGGUAG